AUGGACCAGCGGGCGCAGGAUGACACGCGGGAUCUGGGAGACGUUGUAUCUCUAACAUCCCUAGAGAACGACGCGGAUGAUUUCGAUAGGCUGAUGAUCCAGAACGCACGCGACGAGCGCCGCUUGAACGACGCGCUGCAGGGCAAAGUCCAGCCCUUCCGCAAGGCGCGAACGCAUCCGCGCGUCGGCGUUACGCUGGAGAACCUGGAACGGCACAAUGCGAGGAAUAACGCGGCGUUGGGGGCGAAUGCGCAUGUCAAGUUCGAGAGCCCGCCGAGCAGCAGUGGGAGUGUGCGGUCGGAUCCCGCGAUACAGGUGCCGGCGGGAUGGGGACGGAAGGCUAGGGUUAAGAGGCAUUGGAUGCGAACUAUCACGUCAGACGACGAGCAGACGCCCGGGGCGCGGGGAGAGGGCAUCGAACGGCCCGCCGAAGAUGACGAGAAGACUCCCCGCCGCGCGGACAGCCCUGCCGAUGCAGACGUACCGCGCCCAUCUAUCGAAGACAGCCCGCUUUCACACAAGAGCUCGCGCCACGGCACGCCCUCCUCGUCGCGUCAGCAAAGAAUAGAAGACUGGGACUUCGAUCUGAACGAGGCGUCCAUAAUCGCUUCGACACCGUACAUACCACGGAACACGGCGCUGGACGACAUACGGCAGAGGGAGAUUGAGAGCCUCAGAGAACAGGGCGUCACAACGAAUCGGCUGGGCAAGAUAAGAAAAAGCUCGCCGGAGGAACUGCGGCGCCCGCGCUCUUCGUCUGCGCGGUCCACACUGAGCCAGCCAAACGGCACUUCAACAGAGCAGGAAACACAAGGAGCUGGGUCAUCGGAGCUGCGGUUGCGCAAGAGGACAAAUUCCUGGCAGACCAUUGACAAGUCGCAGGUAGUGAACGGAGAGGGGGUUGAGAAUUCACCCAUUAUUGUCUAUAAGAAGAGCUCAGAGACCGUCGGCGCGGUAGAUCCCGGUCUCCUCGCUAGCGCGCAGUCCAAUUCGAAACGCCCUUCUCACCACAGAAGAGAGGAUUCACAAGAUCUGUUGCGGAGGUUGGCAAGGGUGUCGAGCCAGACGCCUAGUCCUGGUAGAGUUACGACAGGGCGACCUCAGACUGCGCCCGCGAGACAACCCGAUAGCUCUUCGCAGACGAUGGUUACGGAGAGGUCGCCGACACCACCCGGUGCCAAAAACGAAGCUUGUCCAGAAGAGGCUGCAAGAGAGUCGACCGCGCAGACCGAUGCUAUCGUUCCUGAAGGCCAGCCCCAGCAGGACCAAAAUAGCGGGGAUUCACAACAACACACUCGUGCUCCUGAAUCUACACAGGCACAGCGGACGGACGACAUUGAUGCAACACCAAUGCCAGUAGAGCAGUCGAUAUUAAACCCCAAGACACCAGUGGUAACUGGUGCUUGGGUAGAUACGCCCCGUCCCGCCACCGUGCAUCGACCCACAGAGCAACCUCGACCUUCUUCCCAGUCACCCAAGAAAGGCAGCCCAAGAAAGUCUCCAGAAAAGAGACCAACUCUUCCCGAGGAAGAAACCCCAGAGCCCCUAGCCCCCGAGACGACCCGGCCCACGCUCCCCAGAUCAGCGCUAGAAGCAAUCGUCGAGGAAGCCAAAGCUAACGGCAAGAGGCGCCCCGACGACUUUGGAGAUUCUACCAUCAACUCCCUAGAAGAUCUCCUCGCACCUGUCGCCGACGAAACAGGCGACAUGGACGAAGACACCCUCCAAGGCCUGCAACUCCCCACACGUACCCCCCGCAACGAAGCCGAGCGUCAGCGCCAGCAGGAACUCCUGCACCUACAUCGCAUGAACGAGCGGCUCCGCGCAGCGCGCACCAGCAUCCGUGAUGCUUCCCGCGGUAUGAAGAGAGUGGAAAACCGCGUAGAGCAUGUGGAAGAUAUGGUUACGGAGGGAGGCGAAAGAAUAAGGAUAAUUUACAAAGAGUGUCCAUGUAUGGCUAAUGGCGGGCAUCAGUGCCUGGAAUUUUCAAUGUGGAGGUGGUUCAAGAGCUUGUUUUACGACGAGCGGUUAAAGCCGCGCAGACGGGGCUGGGGCCUCACGAUGCUCAGCAUCUGCCUGAUCGCGUUCUUCACGUGGUUUGUGGCGGAGAACGCGGCCUGCGAAGCUUGGUGCCACCACCUCUACGCAAAGUCCUACAAAGGCUACGGCGUCACCUACGAUGCGCCCGAGUUUCCCUUCGUCAUUCCCACGAUGACGUACCGUGCGUUUAUUAAGCCGUGGUGGAUACCGCUCUUUGGGUUUCUUGCUUGGGGCUGGAGAACGCUGGCUGGGUGCUUGGUUGGAGGGGAAGAGACGGUACAGGGAGGAACUGCGCGAGCGACCGCGACGCGGGUUGCGACAAAGAUGUGGGAGGCGAGGAGGGCGUGGGAGGCGGAAGGCGGUGGUGAGCGGGUGCUGGGUAUGGGCGCGGAUGAGGUUGUGAGAUGA